AUGUUAACAAAUGGCGACAAUGUAUGUGCAGGCGCUGCCAGUGAUCGACUGAGUAAAUUACCAGACGAACUACUCCUUCAAAUCUUCGAGGCAGUGGGGCGCAUCGCCAGGCGGGACCUGUGCAAUGUGUCGCGGGUCAACAAGAAAUGCCACCGCCUCAGUGAUGCGAUUCUUUACAAGAGCAUUCUAUUCGAGACACCGGAGCUGCAUCUUACUUUCAAACUAUCGCAGCUAGCGCUCGAUGCGCCUGUGCAUGGUUCCUACCUGGAUCCCCAACGCUCAGACAGCCUCUCGCGGACCUUGUCCAUAAUGUCAAAUCUGGAAAAACUUGACAUAUCAGUGCCCGACGUGCUGCUACGCGGAAUCGGAACCUUGUUCAACGGCCCUUUUGACCUUGCUUGCCUCAAGACAUGUUCGCUCUUCUACCAAAGCGCAAAUGACGCAUACUGGGACCUCCGCGAAAACAUCCACAUCUUCGCACACCCUACCCUGGAAAUGCUAACGAUCCGGAGAGCGAAACUAGAUGAAAGAGGCUUCGACCAUAUCGAGCGACCACACCAAACCGCACUCAAGAAGCUUCACCUCAUCGAAUGCGACAUCAACGACGACUCACUUGGCGAUCUUCUUGAACUUCCUUCCGCGCUCGAGGAGUUCGUCAUGACGCAGACUGAAGAGCCGGAACCGGAAUUAGAAGAAAGCUCCGAUAAUGUUGGCGAUUACAUCUUAGCCGCGCAGUCUCAGGCGGAGUUUUUGACUAGCAUCACCAUCGACCACCCCACCCUCACAGGCAGAAAGGUCCUCCGAAUGCGCGAAUUCGCCGCACUCAAGACACUCCGGCUAAAUUGGGACUACCAACUCUUUGGUAAAUCGUCUAAGAAACCGCGCCUGCACUCCGUUGGUUUACCGCCUGUCAUGGAAACGCUCGAACUCUUCAAUGAACUGGGUAGCGAUGCUGAGGUUACGGAUCUUUUACUGGCGACGAUCGAGCAGAAGAGUAUUGUGGCGAGAAAUUGGAAGACGAUGGUCGUUGUGGAGGGUGAGAAUGGGGUGUCGAGAGAAAUUAAGGAUGCAUGUAAACAGGCGGGAUUGCAGUUGGAUAUCAUUGGGGCUGUGGAUGAGGAUAGUGAUGAGGAGGAGGAGGAGAAUGAUGAUGAGGAGGAAGAGGAUGAUGACGAUGACGAUGAUGACGAUAGCGAAGAUGAAGAUGAAGACGAAGAUGAUUAG